AUGAACGCAGAUACACUCACUGUCGACGCAUUUCUAUCGUUACUAGCUCCUUAUGCUAAUCGCGAUAUGCUCGCUCCAAGCGAGGCAUCAUCGCUACAGCUCAAGAUAGCGGAGUUGGUGUUGGACCAUACGAUAGACAUUCCCUUACUCAAGUUCCUCAGUAGGUUUCUUACCCAAUCAGCCUAUGAUGAGCUUGUCGAAGAACGCAACAUUGAACACCAAUGUGGCUAUCCUCUAUGCAACAAGUCCCCACAACACAAGGUACGCCGCCUUUCCCAUGGGAGCAAUGGUUCGUGUAUUGAAACAUCAACGCGGUAUCAGAUCUGGAACAGAAAACCUCUGAUGAUUCUUCCUAACACUUACUUGUCACAGUAUUGUUGCAAGGAACACUAUCAGGCGCUGAUGUUCUACCGCAAUCAACUCUCUCAGGAGGCAGUGUUCUCUCGUAAAGAUAUCACCAUCAUGCCGCCCUUUGCACAAGUCAAUGGACCUUGGUAUGAGAAUAAUAUUACCUUCUUGGAAGAAGUGCUUGCCAAACAUAAAGAGCUAAAAGAACAGGGUAAAACUAUCUCUGAGGUGAUCGCUAUGAUGAGCGGCUUGUCAGUAGGUGAUGGUAGUGACAAGGACACUACAGAGUUAGCCAAGCUAAUCGAAGACUUCGAUAUAGUUGAGCACGAAGGUGGCUCUACCCUCAAAGAGGAGCCACAGGAGUCUGACAAGGAGGCGGCCUCCAGAGGAAUAGAUGGUUACAUCACCAGCAAUCACAGUUUAGGAGGCUACAUGGUGUAA